CCACGAAUAUAGCUGAUCUGCCAGAAUAAGAGGGCGUUACUUAAAAGUGUCAUUUCAGAGUAAAUUCCGGCGGUUUCUUGAAGAAUUGGAGGUUGUGAAUUUCUAAAACAGAGGAAGAAUUCAUAUCGAGUCGCAUGAUUUACAGUAUAUAUGUAUACGAUUUGUUGUAUAUAUUUAUAUUUUUAUCUUCAAGUCUCUUUCAAACUGUAUGAGAAGAUCUGAAUCUAAUCGAGGCAUAUACAGAUUAGGGCAAUCAUUUAUCAUCAUUUACUGCUUCUGUUGAUAGUGUAGGGGAUGUAUAUGCAUAGUAGAAUAGUAAUUUGAUUGGCAUUCAAUGUCCAGCGGCGAAUAUGAUAACGAUCAUGAGGUACUUCUACGAUCGGACCCGUUAGCUGUAGAAGAUGAUGUCGAGAAUCAAGUAGAGAAUAGGAGCAAUAAGGGACUCACGGAUCUGCUUAAUCGUUUGGAUCGAAAGUUCUCCGGUCGACGAUUCAACUCCAGUCGUUCCAGCAGCAGACACCAUUCUCCGUUUGCAGAUCGUCGCACCGGAGGAAGUGGCAUAGGAGAUGCUGGAGAUGAUGUUCUUGGCGAAAGUGCUCCUCCUGAAUGGGCUUUGCUUCUUAUUGGCUGCCUCCUUGGCCUUGCCACUGGUCUCUGUGUUGCUGCCUUCUACCGCGCAGUGAAUAUAAUACAUGAAUUUGUUUGGGCUGGGACGCCAAAUGAGGGUGCUGCUUGGCUACGUUUGCAGAGGCUAGCUGAUACAUGGCAUCGGAUACUUUUAAUACCAGUAACUGGCGGUGUUAUUGUUGGAAUGUUGCAUGGUUUAAAUGAAAUAUUACAGCAAAUAAAGCAGUCGACUUCGGCUUAUGGGCAAGGUUUUGAUUUGUUAGCUGGAGUGUAUCCCGUCAUAAAAGCUAUUCAGGCUGCUGUGACUUUGGGUACCGGAUGUUCAUUGGGUCCUGAGGGUCCUAGUGUAGAUAUUGGUAAGUCAUGUGCCAGUGGAUGCUCGGUGAUGAUGGAAAACAAUAGAGAAAGGAGACUAGCUCUUGUUGCAGCCGGUGCAGCUGCUGGGAUUGCUUCAGGUUUCAAUGCUGCUGUUGCUGGGUGUUUCUUUGCCAUCGAAACUGUUUUAAGGCCUUGUGGUGCUGAAAAUUCACCUCCAUUUACAACUGCAAUGAUAAUCCUAGCAUCUGUUGUUUCAUCUACUGUCUCAAAUGCUAUACUCGGGGAGAUAAAGGCUUUUACAGUUCCCAAGUAUCAAUUGAAAUCUGCAGCUGAGCUACCUUUAUACCUCAUACUUGGCAUGCUUUGUGGAAUAGUGAGUGUGGUCUUCACACGUUUGGUAGAAUGGAAUACAAAAGCAUUUGAAUUUAUCAAAGAGAGGUUUGGUGUUCCUGCGGUUGCAUGCCCUGCUUUGGGUGGUUUAGGAGCUGGAAUAAUAGCGCUCAGGUAUCCUGGAAUACUGUACUGGGGCUUCACUAAUGUGAAUGAAAUACUUCAUACGGGAAGGAUAGCUUCAGCACCUGGAAUCUGGCUGCUUGCACAGUUGGUGAUUGCUAAAGUUUUUGCCACAACCCUGUGUAAGGCCUCGGGGCUUGUUGGUGGGCUAUAUGCACCAAGUUUGAUGAUUGGUGCUGCUGUUGGUGCUGUAUUUGGUGGGUUAGCUGGAGAAAUAAUAAAUUCGGCAAUUCCAGGAAAUGGAGCUGUUGCUCCGCCACAAGCUUAUGCACUGGUUGGAAUGGCUGCUACGCUAGCUUCAGUUUGUUCGGUUCCCUUGACGUCUGUUUUACUUCUGUUUGAGUUGACAAAAGAUUAUACAAUUUUGCUUCCUCUCAUGGGAGCUGUUGGGUUGGCAAUAUGGGUGCCUUCCAUACUCAACCCGACGAAGGAGACUGAGAUAUCUGAUUCAAGGAAAUGGACAAGGGGUUAUGCCCCACUUUCACCUACUGGGGAUGAAAAUAAGGGCAUUUGGAGACAGAUGAACGAAUCAAAUGGGUUAGAGCUUACUGUCGUUCAGACCAAUGACGCACUUGAAACAAUUGAUGAGGAUAUCAUUCUUGAAGAUAAGAAGGUUUCUCAAGUCAUGUCGAUCAAUUAUGUGAAAGUUUCAGGGAACAGGACCUUGAAAGAGGCAAUCGUGACUAUGCACGACAGCUUACAGAAAUGUCUACUUGUGGUAGAUAAUGAUGAUUUUCUAGAAGGGAUUUUAACCUAUGGUGACAUUAAACGGUUCUUUUCAAGAAAGUAUGGCGAUGUCCCCACCAGUGCAAUAACACUCGAUGAUGUUGAGAAACAUGCUGUUUCCUCCAUAUGCACUAGAGGAAUAAAAUACCGUGGGAAAAGGCGAGGAUUAUUAACUUGUUACCCUGACACUGAUUUGGCAAUGGCAAAGAAGCUAAUGGAGGCAAAAGGAAUAAAGCAACUUCCAGUUAUAAACCGUGGCAGAGAUGUUCAAAGUGAAAGAAGGCGUAAAGCCAUUGGCGUCCUCUUUUAUCAUUCUGUUUCCUCCUGUCUCAGAGAGGAGGUUAACAACAAUAAACUGGGCUAUCACGAGAGAAAUGAAGAGCGUUGAGAGGAAAUGUAAGUUUUAUUUUUUUGCUGACUGUUGGGGAAACAUAUUUGAUUGAUUCUCCCUAGUAAACAUUCGAGAGAUUCGAUAGAGAGAUUUCAGAUUACAUUUUAAAAGAAUUAUAAAUAUAAACAUACUAUAGUUUGUUGCUGGUUUA